GGAUUUUGUGAAGGGAACAUUGGGAACUACAAUUGCCUCCUCUGUUCAUUUUUUAAGAUCUAGUCUUAAAAGAUAUUUCAAAGUUAAGUAAUGAAUACCUACUUAUUUAUAUAACUGCUAUUAUACAAUAAUUAUCAAGCACAAUAUUAUCAAAGGUGCAGAAGAAGAAAGGAAAAGAGAUGAAACAGGCUGGAGGUCUGGCCGAGGGUUAAAAGUCCUUGCUAAGGACAGGACAAAUAGGCGAGCUUGUGUGGAGGCCUUUUGCGUAACAAGGCACGAAUAGGAAAGGUAAGGUAUCCCUCGCGCUCGGCCCAGGCCGUAACAUUUACACCAUUCAAGAAAACAACAAGCAUUCUCAUUUUGAACUUGGCCCACGUCUGCCUUACGUCACGCAGGUCAUAGUAUGAAGAAUGGAAAGCCAAUUCAACAAAUACCGACACACCAAAGUAGACAAUAUGGGUUUCAAUUAUGACUACCAGAGCAUUAUGCAUUACGGAAAAAGGACGUUUUCGCGAAAUGGUCUUCCCACAAUUCGAGCAUUUCACAAUCCCGACAUGCCUCUUGGUCGUUCAGAUGGCUUUAGUACGCUAGACAAGCAGAAAAUGAACUGGCUGUACGACUGCAAAAGUGAUGCCGAGGAAGGCUGGAGCGCGUGGUCGGAAUUUACUCCAUGUAAUAUCAGAUGUGUCAAGUCCAGACAACGUGUUUGCUUUGCGUCCGAUAGACAGGCAUGUCCGGGUGUCACGUCCAGCAAUGUGAAAACGCAACGCGUACGAUGCUCUCCGGCCGAAUGUUAUGCACCAGUCCAAGGCCACUGGGGGAGAUGGGCACGCUGGUCUACAUGCGACAAGACGUGUGGAUACGGCAAACAGAUGCGAAAGCGCGUUUGCGAUGACCCCAAACCCAGAAAUGGAGGCAAAACUUGUAAAGGCGCCGACACACAAGUGCGCAUGUGCAACAUGCAGCCAUGCUCUUCAGAUGCGUUAAUGUGUAACUUUGAUAAAGACAUGUGCUUUUGGGAGAAUGAUUGGAGUAGUACUCCAACAUUCCACUGGAGACGUCAUCGGGGCCACACCCCAAGCCGUAACACGGGUCCCGUGUCUGACCACACCUCUGGAAUGGGUUACUAUAUAUACCUAGAGACGAGCUGGCCUGCUCGGCGUGCCUACACCGCUACCCUCAUCAGUAAAUGGCUACCUCCAAGUGAGCUUAAGUGUCUAACCUUCUGGUACUCCAUGUAUGGCCAUUCUGUCGGGGCCAUGCGAGUCUAUAUCAGGGAUGACUUUGAGAUCAAGAAAUUGCUCUGGCUACGUUCGGGUCAACAAGGCAUGAAGUGGAGGAAGGCUGAUAUUAAUAUAUCGUCUUCUUCGAGAUAUAGGAUUAUUUUCGAAGGAGUGCGGGGUAAUGGUUACACUGGAGACAUUGCGCUUGACGACAUCAGUUUUACCAAUGGCAAAUGCAACGAUCCUGGAUCUACCACAGCGCGUGCAUGACUAUGACGUCACUAGCUUCUGUGGUUACUAAGGCUCGUGACGUCAUGUGACUUUGACGUCUUUAUUCGACACAUACUACGUCAAAAUGACACCAAAAGUGCUUUCGAGCUUUCGAUC